AUGAGUACAACGAAUCAUUCUACUGAUGAGCAAGUACGUGUUCUUAUUUUAAACGAAGGCGAAGAUAAAAGUGAAGAACUAUAUCGGUUAAAAAAAGGUUGGGUACUUCAAAUAAAACUAUCGCCUAAUUUAACAUGGAGAAAAGUCCGAAUAUUUACAAAUGCUUGUCUUAGUGAAGAAGAUCAAUUUGAACGAAAUACUUAUCGUGAAUUGAAAUGGAUUUAUCCAUCAUCUGGAAAAUAUGAUGAUUCAGAUCGUUAUAUUUAUUUACCAUGUUGUAAAUCGGGCUCAUUUCAUUAUUUUUUUACUAUUGAUAGAACAACAAUAAAAGAAAAUCGGAAUGGUCAAGGUUAUAUUCAUGUUGAACCAUAUUUAAUGUGGCCAGAUGGAAGUGGUGAAAUAUUAGAACAAGAAUAUAUAACAUGUCAAUCAGUAUUAUCAAAAUCAUUGGGUCCUUUAUCUGAAUGGGCAUCACGUAUUGAAGUAGGACGUCAUUCAGGUUAUAAUAUCAUACAUUUUACACCAGUUCAAUCACUUUAUCAUGUAUCUAAUUCAUCAUAUUCAAUAAGUGAUCAUCAUAAAUUAAAUGAAAUAUUUCAAGGAACAUAUGAACAACUGAAAACAUUAAUUGAUAUUAUGGCUAAACAAUGGAGAGUUUUAUCAAUAACUGAUCUUGUUUAUAACCAUGCAGCAAAUGAUUUUGCUUUACUUCGAGAUCAUCCUGAAGCUGCUUAUAAUUUAAUUAAUUCUCCACAUUUAAAAUCAGCUGUACUUCUUGAUUCAAUAUUAAUGCAAUUUACUCGUGAUGCAAGUGAAGGAAAACUUUUAUCAAAAGGUAUUCCAGCUGAAAUAAAAGAAUAUCAUUUACAAUUAAUUCGUCAUUAUUUACUUAAUGAAAAACUUGGUGAAUAUCGUCUAUGGGAAUAUUAUAUAUGUGAUACAAAUUCAUUAGUUGAACAAUUUCAUAAACAAUUAUCUAUAUUAAAUGAUUGUCCCGAUAAACCUUUAUAUGAUAAUGAUAAUUUAAUUAAAAUAAAACAUGGAAAAUAUGAUAGAAUGAAAAGUUUUGUUGAUCUUAAUUUAGCUGAAAAAGUUUAUUUUUUUAAGAGAGAACAUUUAUCAACGAAAGAACAAUGGAUAAAUGCAGCAUGUCAUGCAUUACGUGAUCGUCUUGACUCUUUAAAUCAUUUCGUUUGUGAAAAAUUAAAUGCAGAUUUAACUCGAGCUAUUGAUAAUUGUAUUGCAUCAUGUCGUUAUCAUUUUUUUGCAUCAGAUGGACCAAAUUAUAAAAGCUUAUGUUUACCAUCAACACCAUUUGUUGGAAAUUAUUUUUAUUAUCCAAAUGGAGAAUUAAAACAUCCAGAUGAUAUAAAUCAAUUAAUUGAAAAUGAUACUAAUUACCAAUUACAUGUUAUGGCUCAUAAUGGUUGGGUUAUGAAUGAUGAUCCUCUUAGAUGUUUCGCCGAUGAAGGACAAUAUGUUUAUUUACGUCGAGAUUUACUUCAAUGGUCCGAUUUAAUAAAACUACGUUUUGGUUCAAAACGUGAAGAUUGUCCAUCAUUAUAUGAUUAUAUGAAAGAAUAUACACGUUUAGUAGCAACAACAUUUCAUGGUUGUCGUCUUGAUAAUUGUCAUUCAACACCAUUAUGGUUAGCACAACAAAUGAUGGAUUAUGCUAGAGAAAUAAAUCCGAAUUUUUAUAUUAAUGCUGAACUUUUUACUGGAAAUAUGUCACUUGAUAUGCAGUUUAUUAAUCAAAUUGGAAUUAAUUCUUUAGUUAGAGAAUCAUGGAGAGCAAAUAAUUCAUAUGAAUUAGGUCAAAUUGUUUCAUCAUUUAGUGAAGGGGAUCCAAUUGGUUCAUUUAUCAAAUCAAAAGCUCGUCGAUUAUUACCAACAAAACCAUAUGCAUGGCUUUUUGAUCAAACACAUGAUAAUCCAUGUCAAAUUGAAAGAAGAUCUGCUGAAGAUGCUGUUCCACGUUCAGCUUGUGUUGCUAUGGCUUAUUGCUCAACUGGUUCAAAUAGAGGUUAUGAUGAAUUAGUUCCACAUUAUAUUGAUGUUGUUCAUGAAACAAGAUUUUACUCUAAAUGGGGUGAUCAGCAUAAACAAACCAAUGAAAAAACUGCUAUGAUUUCUAUUAGAAAAGCUCUAAAUAAAUUACAUAUUGAUCUUGCUCAACAAGGUUUUACUCAGUUAUUAGUUGAUCAGUUAUCUCAAAGUGUAUUAUUAAUAAUUCGUCGUAAUCCUGAAACACAUAAAUCAAUAUUAUUAAUCGCUUAUACUUCAUUUGAAGAACAUAAUAACCAUAACCGUAUAAGUCCAUUAUCAAUUGAAGGAAUGAUUGAUGAAAUUGUAUGUGAAGCAUCAAUUAAUGAUUCACAAGAAAAUAAAUCAAUUAUAAAUUUUCAAAGAUCAAGUGAAUAUAUAAACGGACUUGAACAUACAAAUGUUUAUCUUAAUGAAAAUAUACCGAUAGAACAAAGUCGUUUUGUUCGUUUAACAUCACUAAAUUCAUCGGAUUAUAUUGGUUUUCGAACAAUUGAAUUUACAGAAGAAUUUCAAAGAGGUUCAAUUAUUAUUUUACAAAUUUCACUUCUUCCACAUAUUCAUCAAUCAAUAAUUAAUAUAGAUCAAUUAUUAAAUCAAUUUUCACAUCCAACAAGUCAAUUUAAUCAAAUAGUUAAACAAUUAACAUUAGUUGAUCUUGAACGUGUUCUUUAUCGUACAUCUGAUGAAGAACAAGCUGAUGGAAAAGGUUUUGAUGUUUAUAAUAUACCUGAUCAUGGAAAACUUGUAUAUUGUGGUCUUCAAGGACAAAUAUCUGUUUUAGAAAAAAUUCGUUUAUUUAAUCAACUUAGACAUCCAUUUGUUAUUAAUUUAAAACAAGGAGAUUGGUUAAUGAAUUAUAUUUCUAAUAGACUUAAAAUUCAUCCAAGUACAAAACAGUUAGGAGAUUGGUAUGAAAAUGCAUUUGGAUAUGUUGCUUCAUUAUCUCGUUUAAUGAUUCUACCUUAUUUUGAUUUAAUUAUAAAUGGAUCCUAUGAUAUAUUAUUAGAACAUAGUUAUUCAUUAAUGAGUCCAUUUAUUAAUCAAUCAUCAACAUUUGUUCGUAGACUUUCUCAAUCAAGUGUUCAAUUAACAAGUAUUGUUCAUAAUGCACGUUUACCAUUAUUAUCACCAAAUUUACGUGAACCUCGUCCAAAUGAAGAAAAAGAUGAACAAACAUUUGAACGUAUUCAACAAUGUCCAUCAUUAGCUGCAGGUUUUCCACAUUUUGCUGCGGGAAUAUGGAGAAAUUGGGGUAGAGAUACAUUUAUAUCAUUACGUGGUCUUCUUUUAUUAACUGGUCGAUAUGAAGAGGCUCGCUAUUUAAUAUUAUCUUAUGGUGGAUGUCUUCGUCAUGGUUUAAUUCCAAAUUUAUUAGCUGAUGGAAAAGUUGCUCGUUAUAAUGCACGCGAUGCUGUUUGGUGGUGGUUACAUUCAAUAUCAAAUUAUACUCACAUAGUACCUGAUGGAUAUGAAAUUCUUUCAGAUAAAGUUUCACGUUUAUAUCCAACACAUGAUAGUCCAGCACAAGUAGCUGGUUUACAUGAUCAAUCAUUAUAUGAUGUUAUUCAUGAAGUUCUUCUACGCCAUGUUCAAUCAUUAACAUUUCGAGAACGUGGAGCUGGACAUUCUUUAGAUUCUGUUAUGACAGAUGAAGGUUUUAAUAAUCAAAUUGGUAUUGAUACAAAAACUGGAUUUGUUUUUGGUGGAAAUCGUUGGAAUUGUGGAACUUGGAUGGAUAAAAUGGGUUCAAGUGACAGAGCAGGAAAUAAAGGUCAUCCAGCAUCACCACGUGAUGGUUCAGCUAUUGAAUUGGUUGCAUUAUGUCGUGCAACACUUUCAUGGCUUAUUCGUAUGAAUCAAGAAGGACAUUAUCCUUAUGAUUCUAUUGAAACAUCUUCAGGAUCUGCUGGAAGAACAAAAUUACUUUUAACUGAUUGGUUAAAUCGAAUUGAUGAAAAUUUUGAAAAAGAAUUUUGGAUUGAUGAAUCAAAUUCAUCAGAAUUUAUUAAUAGAAAACAAAUUUAUAAGGAUACAAUUAAUUCAACAAAUCGAUGGACCGAUUUUCAAUUAAGACCCAAUUUUCUUGUUGCCGCUGUUAUUGCUCCAGAGAUGUUUGAUAAAACUCAUAUAUGGUUAGCAUUAAAACAAGCUGAAACAAUUCUUUUGGGUAAAUAUGGAAUAAAAACUCUUGAUCCAAGUGAUUAUAACUAUAUUGGUGAUUAUGUGAAUGAUGAUGAUUCACAUGAUUAUAAACGAGCACGUGGUUUUAAUUAUCAUAAUGGUCCUGAAUGGUUAUGGUUAACUGGUUAUUAUAUACGAGCGAAAUUUUAUUGGUCAAAACAACAAAAUGAUCCUAUUAUUUUUAAACAAACAAUAAAACAUAUUCGACAAUUAAUAUCAUUACUUAUGGAUUUAUUAAUUUCAAAUGAUUGGAAAGGUUUACCUGAAUUAACAAAUGCUGACGGACAUUUAUGUCCAUAUUCAUGUGAUGUACAAGCUUGGUCUUCAGCAACACUUGUUGAAGCAUUUUAUGAUCUUAUUCGAUCUGAAAUUUAG